CGCGCCGCUCACAUGGGAGCGUCACCUCUUUCAGCUGCGGCAUGUUUUCUCUUUCUUCCUGCCUUUAGCUCAUUAAUAUGCGGCUUUUAAGGUGUAAUUUACUACUUUAAAUAACAGUUGGUGUUCCGAUAGCAACACAUGUGUACAUUUUUCUGCUGUUUGAUGCCACAAAUAGCGAGAGAAAGGUUCCUUUUGCAGAAGAAAAUGUAUUUUUUCAGGUGAUACAUGUGAAGUCGGUCCAGUGAAAAUGUCUCAGGGCUCAGAAGUGAGUGAGCUGCAGCUGAAUGGAGCCUCAGAGGAGAUGGAUCUGCUUCAGAUAGACGUGGAGACGGAUGAGGUGGAGGACAGGCCGGGGAGGGAAGCGGCUCCGUUCUCAAGGAACGUGUUGAGGAAGCAGCGACACUGGGAGAGGCAGCUCGCAGCGAAGAAGAGCAAGAGGAAAGAAGAGAAGCAGAGGAGGAAGCUCAACCGUGAGCAGGACUCAGGUGCCAGAGCAGAUAAUCCUCAGUUUUCCAAACGGGUCAUGAAAGCGAUCACCAGAGAGCGUUUAGCUGAAGCUCAGUCCACCGGCUUCAAACUCUGCGUCGACCUGAGUAUGACCGACAGCAUGUCUGACAAGGAGGUCAGCCGACUGGCGGGCCAGCUGAGGAGGCUCUACGGCUCCAACAAGAAGGCGCCUCGACCGUUUCACGUCCUGCUGACGGACCUGAGGGAGGACAGCCGACUCUACAGGGAGUGUCUCCGCAUGAACGAAGGCUUCCUCAACUACAUGAUGGACAUAACAGAAGAAAGCUGUCUGGACCUUUUUCCUCCAGAAACCGUCGUCUACCUCACACCAGAUGCUGAAGAAGCUUUAGAAACAGUGGAUGCCGACACGGUGUACGUCCUCGGUGGCCUUGUGGACGAAAGCAUCCAGAAGAAGUUGAGCUUCUCGAGGGCCACAGACCUGAGCGUCCACACGGCGAGGCUGCCCAUAGACGAGUACAUGGUGAAGAAAGACAACGUUAAGAACUUCCACUCAAAGAUCCUCGCUGUCAAUCAAGUGUUUGACAUCUUAUUGACUUUCUGCAACACGGGCAGCUGGGCUGAAGCCCUGCAGGCCUGGUUCCCACAGGGGAAGGGUUACGUUGUUGCACAAGACUCUAAACAAACUGGAACCUGAACCCUGAUGUGAUAAACUCUUCAUAUGGGAAACUCCAAGGUGCCAGUUCCACAGAACAGCUGAUCUGAGUCAUUCAGAACAAUGUGAUAAGUGCCUUUAUCUUUGUUAUGUUACUGUUCACAUUGAAACCAAAAAACACUUUCUCAGGAAUCCUUCCUCUCAGUCCAGUCACAGUGAACAACAGUGUUGUGAAUAAUUUGUUUUUUUAGAGAUAAUUAAAUGUUUUUCUUAUAGUUGAUGAAUCUGUGAAGUUUAAUAAGUAAAAUGACAAAAAGCAGUAAUUGUGUUUACAAUGGGGAAACUGUUUCUUUUGUUUUCUAUGAGCCGUCCAGCAGAGAAUUCGUCCUUGAAAUUUAUCUGAACCUUUUUUGUGAGUUUUUGUGUUGUGUUGACGCACAUUUUCACAGAAGAAUAAUUUUGAGUGAUAAAAAAUAUUUUGCUCAACCAACAAAGAUAAAAUACAUUAUCCCUCCAAUUUUAAUUAACAUUCAAACUAAUGGUGUCUGAGACAAAAAUGUUGACGUUUAAGGGAAGAAUGCAAUUAUUUCAGAACAGUUCUUUGUAUUAUUAUUUUUUAUUGUAUUUAAUUAAAAAUGUUGUGAACCUCUUUUCUAAAGAGGACUGGAGACAAAAUAAACAAAUAAAUGAAUGACAUGAUAGAUAAAUAAAUAAAUAUGCCAAUAAAUGUACCACAAAUAAUAUCUUAUAUAUAUAUAUA